CGAGCGAACAGAGAGCACGUUUCGCAUGGCCAUCCACACCGUAUACGUUUUCAUAUCGGCAAUCGAACACCGCUCUUUUGAAAACCGACCGGCUACAUGGCCCGGUCAUCGAGCUUAUCACUUCAACUUAGGAAGUUAGAGCUUGAGAAACGAUGAUACCGGUCCGGAGUUCGCUGAAACUACUGCUCAUCGUUAUCGUACCUAGGUACCUAUGUGUCAAUGGCAGAACCGGGUGAGCUCCGGUCACGAUCGAUAACUACGUGGCCCGAGCGCUGCGGCAGUCAUAUCAGACCGGGCCGGUCUUCUAUCAUCCACUAGUACCGCUACUCACCAUAACGAGACAUUAGAAUACCGAGCUUGAUGCAGGGGUCUGUUCUCCACAGGUCUGUCACUCAUGCCAUGUCAACAUAUCUUGCAUCUACCGCUGUCGAACUCCUUGAUCUUAGCUACUACAUACCACACUGAAAGUCAGAAUGACACAGCCUCUCAAGCACGUAGUUUUCGACGUCGUCGGCACCUGCGUAUCAUUCGACGCCUACUACGAACGCAUAGACUCAGUCUUGGGUGCAAAACUUCGCCAUCAUUACGUAACACCGCAACACUUCGGGUACACCUGGCAGACAGCUGCUGAGCUGGAAUUCACCUUCUUGUCCAUCUCCGAAAGCUACAAGCCUUACAAGGACAUUCUCCGAGGACUAUUCUACCGGACUCUCUGUCUUUGUGGCAUCGCCGAUCCUCGGGCUAUAGCUACUGAAGAGGAGCGGGAACAGUGCAUCGAAGGCUAUUCCGCUUUACAGCUGCGACCUGGCUGUCGGGAGACGUUCCAGUUGCUGCGCGACAACGGCUUUACAGUCUGGUGCUUCACCACCGGAGAUGUGCAACGGGUCAGAGGCUAUUUCGAGCACGCCGGUGUAGACAUGCCGCUGGAGAAUUUCAUUAGUUGCGACAAUACAGGCGUGGCUAAACCCGCUCUCCCCGCCUAUCAGGCUGUAUGGAAACGACUUGGAGCAAACGAUGUGAAAUGGUUCGCUGCCGCGCACAUGUGGGAUGUCGCAGCAGCCACAAAAGUCGGUUUUCGUGGAGCGUGGAGCUCGGUGUACGAGAAGGAAGCUUGUCUCGACGUUUUUAGUGACGUGAAGUUAGAGGUGGUAGCUGGAGGUCUCAUGGAAAUGGCGCAGGAGAUUGUAGAUAAGUCUCAAUGACAUCAGUAAAGGAUGUUC